AGCACCUACCAGCCGAGGUCGCAGCAGUCGCCGGAAGUCCGUGCACAAGCGCAUGAAACGGUGAGCCAUCCUCACACACCGAACUAAUGCGAGGUUAUUCAGCUUCUACAGGCAUCUUCGUGUCAUAAUGGUCUCGGUAACAGCCUGCUCCGCCAUCGUACGGCACACUCUUCUUCGUGGAAGGUCGACAUUGGAGCGCCCCCUGCCGUUAACAGCUGAGACUCCAGUCCACCUCUGCAGCCCGAGUCCACAGUUUCUGGUUGAAAACAGCAACAGUGAUUCGGGUCAAAGGUAGAUCGGAUCAAAAGUGCGUCGCUGUGUUUUCAUGAAUCCGGGGUUGAACUUGUGACCGGCGCGGGACGCUGUUGUGCGCUGUCACAGUUGCAUGCCGGGUACAUGAGGAGGAUGCGUCCGUGGACUUGACGGAGAACUGAAGUCCGAUCGAGGCCUCGCGGUGUGGACCGGGCCGGCCGCCGGGUCCCCGAACUAUGAGGACGUCCUGGUUGCAGGACUAUGCUAUAUUUGGCCACUAGGGGGCGUCGCCUUUUCAGAGCCCACCUCCUCCUCGGUUACCAUCCGCCUAAGCCUGCUGUUCUGUGCUGUAUCAUGUACACUACUCGCCUCUACACCUCGGGGGGAGGAAGCGGAACCAAGCCGGGACGGAGGGGGGCUAUGCUUGAGGUGCCCCACCCCUCCCACAUGCCCCCCCACCCUGCAUACGCCUUGUACCCUGGACGUCAUGACAGUCAUAGAGAAGCACACUUCCACUAUCACGCCCAUCUUUCGUCCCCCCAUAUGACCCCGCUGACGCCCCAUUACAUGCAACAAGCCCACUUCCAGACCUACGGAGGAGGUGUGUCGGCCGGGGGCCAGUCAGCACCUGUGGGCAGGAAGAAGGCCUGGACUUUUAUCCAGGAGAAGAUGAGCUACGACACCUUCUUCACCAUGAAGCGUUUGAUCGAACGCUCGCGACGCCCCGACGAAGUCCUGCGUUGGCUUACCCAGAAUCCUGCCAAGAUCUCCCACAAUCAUUACCCCGUAGCUCUGCAGAGGAUCGGGCAGCUGCUGCAGGGUUCACACGCCUCCCAGACGGCAAGAGACUUGAAGACCUCUGGGGCAGCCUCGAGUUCUGAUGGACGUCAGAUCCUGGAGCAGCAAGACUUUCAAACUCUCUGCUGUGCCAUCGUCCAAGACUGCGCCAAGUUUGACAACUUCAGCAUUGUGAACUGUCUAUACGCUGUGGCGACACUCGGUCUUCCUGGUGACUCUCAGGUGGUACAGGUGUUGGAGGCGGAGUCGAAGUCCAGAUUGGACCAGUUCAACCAGAAGGACUUGUCAAUGGUCUUCAGCUCCAUCAUGAAGCUCCACCCUCAGACUCAGCACCCGCUAACGGAGGCGUGUCUGUCUGGUCUGGAGAGGAACCUGGAGCGAGAGUGCCAUCCGCAGACACUCUUCCUGCUCCUCUCCUACUACAAAUUCAAGUGGCGCGCCCUGCAGGAGCCACCUGACCCCGCAGGAGGAGACGCCACCUGCACCUCGACCCAAAGCCCAGAAUUGUUGACCAUCAAUAGGAAAAUCCUGCGAUUGGUCAAACACAUACUGGCCAGCGUGCCAGCCGUACGGGACCAGGAGCUGGUUCUGCUGGACGAGAUGCUCGCGGCGUGCGUCAGCGAGGCUAGUAACAAGAGUCUGGAGUCCAUCUUUAGUUCCCAGAUCUUCUAUCAGAACCGACAGGAGCGCUUCAUCAGCAGUCUUGCUGGAGAGCUGCCCCGGAAGUUGGAUGUCAUUACUCCGUUCACAGUUGCUCUGAUUGCAAAGUACGUGGCCCGACAUCGACUCAGGGAAACCCGUCUUCUGGACGCCAUAGCAGACUUUGUGGUGAAGAGAGCGGAGGCGCUGGACAGCAAAGUGAUCCAGAAGCUGGUCUUCCCCUUCAGCAGAAUGAGCUACCACCCGGCCAACCACAAGCAGUUCUUCUCCCGUCUGGAGGAAGUGGUGGACCUGAAGGCUCUCAGCUCUCCGCUUGCCACCGUGAACAUCCUCAUGUCGCUGUUUCAGCUGGGCCAUGUCCCUGGACCCGUCCUGCCGAGGGUUUUCUGCCCAACAUUCAUCAGCAACGUCACCAAUAGUCCGUACGCUCUGAUCGCCCGACGUUACCUGUCUUUGCUGGACGCUGCCGUGUCUCUCGAGUACCCGGAGUACACAGGCCCACGCCUCCAAGAUGACCACAAGGUCGUAAUGUUUGACCACAUUCUCACGGCAGAUGAGGUCAACCGCAAGUACAGCUACAAAGGUCUGGUGUCUGAGGCACUCAGGCAGCUUCUCGGGGAACAGAACUUCAUGCAGGACCAGAUCCUGGAGCCUGGGUACCACACAGACUUCCUGUUGAUGCUGGACGGUUCUGGUCGGGUUCUGCCGCUGCACCGCUGCACCACCUUACCCAAACCUCCGGACGACAUCAUUUCGAUCACGUCAGACUUUCAGAACUUUGAUCCGUUUUCCUCGCUGGAAGAUGGUGGCGGGGCGGAGUCUUUUUCACAGGGUGAAGCUGGCAAUGACCCAGUGACAACAAACCCCCCGCUGGCACCGGCAGGUCCACCACGGUCAGGAAUUGAUGGCGGCCCGCUGGUGUUUGGGUCCUAUUAUGCAACCCCUUCUGAGUUUUAUUCGGGUUUGGUGAAGGAGAACUCAAUGGAGAGCCAGGACUCCUCGCUCAGCAGCGCCACCUCUGAAAAUCAUUCGUCAUCAGCUCCUGCUGGACCAUCAGAACCCGCCCCACAAGAAUCCCUCCUCCAGUUCUCCCUUAACAACAUCCUGGAGGACGAGGGGGCAGAACCUCGUCCGUCAGCCCCUCGCGCCGCGGACCAGCUAGACUCCCGCCCCUCUGAUUCAAGACACAUCCGGAGGGUGGUGCUGUCUGUCAACGACAAAUGGCACUAUUGUCACAACUCAGACGUGCUGGUGGGUUCUCGAGCCAUGAGGGACCGUCACCUGCGACUGCUGGGAUACGUGAUCCUGCAGCUGCCUUACCAGGACCUUGAAAAACUGAACGGCAUAGAGGAGGUGAAGAUGUACUUGCAGCAGAAGAUCCUUGACAUCCCGUCAUGACUGGGGAGGGGCUGAGUCUAUUUUUUUUUUUUUUUUAAUUGCAAGGGUCACAAAUGGGAAUGUUGAGCAGCAGUUGAGGUCCAUUUAUUUAUUUGUUAAGAGGAUCAUUUAUGAAAUAAAUCAAUUAUAAGCAUCACUGGUCUUUCAUGAUAGUGGCCAUCGCCUUU